AGUCGCGCCUGGCAGAAGCGCGCGCGCGGCCGUGGCGGCAAGUAGCUUGUGUAUCGUGUGACAGCUGCGCGGUGUGUACAAAUAUUGUGUGAAACUGAUCGUGUUUGUGUGGACUAUUGUUUGUGGGACAUCGAAAUAAUUUUAUAUCUGAUAGAUUGUAUGCAGUGGUCCUUGUGCAAUUACGUCAUGGCUGGAAGAAACUUUUGACAGCACCAUGUCAAGAUUAAAAAGUAUAAAAUGUCAAAGAAAAAUUCAAAAUUAAAGUUCUAAAUAGUGAAGUGAAAGUGAAGUGCCUAACUAUGUCCGAUUUAUCGUUUGAUAUUUACGAAAACAUUACAAGUAUGGACCAAAACAUUACUCAUUACCCGCCGGAGGCCACGGUGCUGGCUGCAGCCUGUGCCUGCAUCUUUAGCGUCGUCGGAGUCGUCGGUAACCUAGUAACGACCGUGGCGCUGCUGAUGCACCCAAAGUUACGCGGCCACGUGACCACGAUGUUCGUCCUCUCACUCUGUGUGUCGGACCUCCUCUUCUGUUCCAUCAACCUGCCGCUCACAGCCAACCGGUACAUCAAACAGAACUGGAGCCUGGGACCCAGUCUCUGUCAGAUGUUCGCCUUCGUGUUCUACGGGAACGAGGCAGUCUCUCUCCUCUCCAUGGUUGCUAUUACUAUAAAUAGAUACACUUUGAUCGCGUACUACGACAUGUACUCGCAAAUAUACACGACUACUAAGAUCUGGGUACAGCUGCUGCUCAUAUGGCUCGUGUCUUUCGGAUUGAUGGUACCACCUCUCCUCGGCGUUUGGGGUCAACUAGGGCUGGACCCCAGCACAUUCUCGUGCACGAUCCUCCCCAAAGACGGCAAGUCUCCGAAGAAGUAUCUCUUCGUGUUCGGCUUCGCGCUCCCUUGCGUGGUGAUCAUCGUGUCGUACUCCUGCAUCUACUGGCGGGUGCGGCAGAGCAAGCGCAAGCUGGAGGGACGCAGGUGUGUAUGUGGUAAACUCUCCGGACAAACAGCCAAAGAGAAAGAAGAGGACUCCCGGCUGACGACGCUGAUGCUGACCAUCUUUCUGUGCUUCCUGGCGUGCUUCCUGCCACUAAUGAUCAUGAAUGUGGCGGACGACGGCAUCACGUACCCCUGGCUGCAUAUCAUCGCCUCGAUUCUCGCCUGGGCGUCCAGCGUCAUCAACCCACUCAUCUACGCAGCCACCAACAGACAGUACCGCGCAGCUUACGCCAAUCUACUAAAAUUUUGCAAAAACAGCACCGUCAACAGGCGGACGACGUGGGGCAGCAGGACCAUGGCCAACUCAUCCAACUCACCACAUUACGCAGACAAACGAAACCACAUGAAAGAUAAACCCGCCAACUUAUGAAUCAACCAGUGACAUCUGCCGGCCACUGGCGGAAACUGUGUUCUACAUUUUAAAUCAACAUGUCAAUGUUGCCCAGUAAAAAUCGAAAAAUCGUUGUGAAUCGAUGUUCGUUCAGAAUAAUUAUUUCGUUUAAGUUCUAUCAGUUUUUUUAUUAAGAAUGGGAACUUUGUAUCCAAUGUCUUAUUAUGGGGGCAGCGACAUUGAUUUGCAUUAAUUGUCCGCUAAGUAAAGUGAACCCGAUUCCGCAUUUACAUUUUUAUGAAUCUCAUUAACAGUGCACCUACAUAUAGGUCGAUUGCAAUAAAAAUAAAGCUGUUCUAAGAACCGGGUCUUUGUACAAAAUUCUUAUAUUACAAAAUAAUUGGGAAAUACACAAGACCACGUGUUAUAAGACAAUACGAUGCGUACACAGUUGACACCUAUAUUAUAUUUUUGUAAAUAUUAAUUAUAAAGAAUUGUAUAUACUAUAAAACCAAUGGCGACUACUUUUACUAGCUUGUAAUGAUGCUUACCAUUUAACUUAACCAAAGUAAAAUAUUACCUUUAUUUUAUUAAUAUAAUGUUUUGUACGAUAAGAGAGUAGAUAUAAAUAAUAUUAUUUAAUAAUAAGAAUGCAUUCCUUUAGGUAAUAAUUUAUGUUUAAUUUUGUACGUUCAGUUCUGUAAGAUUGGGUCCAGGCGCUAAAUGAUUGAUUGUAAUUUGGUUUGUCUGCAUCCGCCUCAAGUUGACUUGACAAUUAUUUGAUGCGAUCAUUCAUUAUUUUAAACAGAUGAAGGAUAAAAGUAUGUACUGAGCACAUGAUUAAGCUUAUUGAAUCAACAUAAAAGAAGUUGUGUUAUUAUAGGUCUUUUUAUGAAUGUUUGUAUUAGAGGUCUACACUUGUAAUUUAACUAAAAUUGUUUUGAUUUGUCAAGCAACAGUAGCAGUAUCAAUAUCAACUUUACUUAUUACGAAAUGUUAAUGCAGCGUGGCGUGUGUAGCGGCGAUCCUGCCAAAUAAUUGUCAUGUUUUGUAGUAGCAAAAUAUUAUAAUUAUAAUAGUUCUUUUGAAGACUGAUACGUAAAAGUCAAUUAGGAUAAAUAGCCCCUCAAACAUAGUUAACGUUGGAGUUACAUUUAUAUUGACGUUGUUAUGUCUUAAUAAACAUUUUCGAGUUGCAAAGUUACUAUUUAUUAAACCAGAAUGAUUUCGAAGAUAAUAUUAUUAUCUAAAUUAACGAAAAAAUUUAAAGUUUUCGCUUAAAAUAAUUUA